AUGUCAACAAAUCAUAGACCGCAAUUAGAAAGUAAACGAGGAAAAGUUAUUAGAAUAAAAGAUAGUAUUAAACAUGCUAGGGGAUUACCUCAACAAACAUCAAUAAAAUAUCGACAAGAUAUCAAGAAUGAUAAGACAACCACAGAGUUUAAUGAUUCACAUAAACAUGAAAGUAUAAAUCCACCAACUAAAAAACUCAAGAUUGAACCCAAGAAAGAAAUAACGGAUAAGCCAGCAAACCAAGAAGUCGAUGAAAUAGAAAUACUGUCAAAAAAUCAUGAUGAAUCAGAGAUAUCCGCCAAUGAAAAACUGGAAUCGGAAGAGGAAUCAGAUGAAGACUCAGAAGAAGAUUCAGAUGAUGAUACUGCGUUACUUUUAAAAGAAAUAGAAAAUAUACGACGAGAAAAGGAAAAACAAGAUUCAACCACCAAUAAUUCAAUAGCUUUACACAACAAUGAAACUACACUGAAAAAGAAAAGUUGGAGACUGUCAACUACUUUUAAUAAUAAAUCUAAAAAGCAAUCAAUAAAUAAUAAAACUUAUACUACUGAUACAUUGAAUUCUGAACAUCAUCAAAAAUUCAUGUCCAAAUAUAUUCGUUGA